AUGUCAAAUGUUCAGGUUUUGAAUGGUGAUACUGGUGCUACUAAGAGUGUUGAUGAUGUUGAUCUUGGGCUCGGUUUGUCUUUGAUGGAGGUUAGUAAUCAACAAAGUGACCAAUGUAGGUUGUCUAUUAAUUAUGGUAAGGGGAUUGAGGAAGGGCUUGAUGAGGUGGAGAAGGAAAAUGGGUUAGUAGAAAAUUCUAUGGAUGAUCAGAAUGUUGACAUGUCAGUGCAAGAGGCUGUGGGAAUGCAUAGUAAAGAUGAUUGUGGGUCUAAACCAGAAAAGGAGGAUGGAGAACACCUUGGAAAAAAUAAAAUCUAUCUCUCGGACAGUGAUACCAAAAAUGGGAAAAAUUGCCUAAAGGGGGACGCUUACUUAGAAGUUCGACCCGGGUUCCUAGCAAACCCGUUCAAAGAAGAUUUGCAGUUAUCGGUUAUUAGUUAUAGUGCCCAACAUGUGACUGUUUCUAUGAGCAUGGAAUCUCGGCAAGUUGUUAUUUCUGUGGUGUAUGCUAAAUGUAAUCAUGUUGAAAGAAGGGAGCUUUGGAGAUUGUUACAACUUGAUGCGGUCAAAGAUGCACCUUGGUUAUGCCUAGGUGAUUUUAAUAUUAUUCGUGGGGAGGAGGAACAUCGUGGUGGUAGGCCGAGAUUGCGGGUUGCCAUAGAUGAAUUUAAUGAUUUUAUUGAUAACUGUGGUUUCGCUGACAUGAAAGCUGUGGGGAGUAAAUUCUCAUGGUGUAAUGGUCAGAGGGGUCUAGCUCGAAGUUGGUCGAAAUUAGAUAGAUGUUUAAUGAAUGUUGUGGCUACAGGUGAUUUUCCGAACGCUUUAUGCAAAUAUAUGGCGCGGACAACUUCUGAUCAUGCCCCUUUGUCUUUUAUGUUUAAGAACUUGGGGAAUCGCUAUGGUCCUUCCUCCUUCAAAUUUCAGCAAAUGUGGGUGUCUCAUAGUAAUUUUUGGGAGGUGGUUAAUGAUACUUGGAGUGCUUCAAUUGAGACUAUGGGUCUUCUUGGCCUUGCUACCAAGUUAAAGAAAGUGAAAAUAGUCUUAAAGGAUUGGAAUUGUCGUGUUUUUUGCCAUACGGAGACAAAGAUCCAGGAAUUUGAGAAUAAAAUUAAACAGUUAGAAAGCCAACUACAGGAGGGUUUCUCAGCAGACACAGAGCAAGCUUUAUUGGAGGCUAAGGAAGAACUUGCAGUUUGGAUGAAAAGAGAAGAAACAAGGCUUUCACAGCAGGUGAAGCUUAGGUGGAUGGAGAAAGGAGAGGCCUCGGCUCAGUUUUUUAAAACUUUUGUUUCUCUUAAUAAACCUUUUGUGCAGGAAAUGAGGUGUCCAGAUGGGACGUGUUUAAAUUCUCCGGAAGAUAUUCAUUCAAGUGCUGUGGAUUAUUUCAGUUCUUUUCUUCAGGCGUGUGCUCCAAGAGAUCUUCCUGAUUUGUCAAAUUUGGUGCAAAAUUCUAUUUUGGAGGAGGAUAAUGCUAACCUCCUUCAGCUCCCUUCAAUCCAAGAGGUUAAAGAGGCUAUGUUUUCCAUUCCUGUGGAUAGUAGCCCGGGUCCAGAUGGCUUUGGCUCUGGUUUCUAUAAGACAUGUUGCGAUAUUGUUGAAGCUGGCAUGGUGGCAACGGUUCAGGAACUUUUUCUUGGCAUUCCAAUACCGAGGUUCUACUCAGCGUCAUACAUUGUUCUCAUUCCGAAAAUGCAGAGACCUACUGGUUUUGAUAAGUUCCGCCCCAUCAGUUUAUGUUCAGUGGUGUAUAAAGCUUUUUCCAAGAUUCUGGUUCGAAGAUUAUCGCCUAUCCUUAACAGAAUCAUCUCUUCAGAACAAGGUGCUUUUCUUCCUGGGUGA